CAAGUAGUUUUGUACCGAAUGUAAAAAAUAUAUAAAAAAAAUUUAUUAUAUAUUUUCAAAUUCGCGUAUCGUAUUCACUCGGCCCUCCGGUUAACACAGUUCAGUUAGUAACCUACUUUGUUCCGUAUCGUACACGCUUUUCGGAUUGUCCGCUUUUGAACAGUAAAAAAUAUUUUAAAACAGAGAAACGAAACGAUACAACAUUAUAAAACUGAUAAAUUUUUGAAACAAAAAUUACAAACUUUUUAAGACUUGACUGUAGGAUUUAUGUUAAAAAAUUAAUUUUUCUUUCUCAUAAAUAAAAGGGGAGAAAAACGAACUUAAAGUUUGAGUAUCGGAAAAUUAUUAGACGAGUUUAUAUACUCAACUGUUGUUAUCAAUGGGACAACAUAUGUAAAUAUUGUCAGUACUCAUCAAUUAAGACUUAAUGUGUAAAAGUUAAAAAUAAAAAAAAAAAAUAAAAAAAUGAGGUAAAACAAGGAAGUGAAUACCAAGAAAUAUUUAAUAAAUUUAACAAACAAACAAUUAAAUUGAAAGUGAAUUUACCCAGACAUGUUUCAUUUAAGUGAAAGUUUUCACACAUUGCAAUUUAAGAAGCUUAAAAAUUAUUCAAAUUAAACACAAAAAAGAAGUUCGUGUGCCGUGUGUUAUUGUUGCCGUGUGUGUCAUCAAUUUAAGACUGUUAAAGCUUUUUCGUUGUAAAUUCCAACAACAAGAAAUUGACCAUAAUUAAUUUAACGAUGAGAUCAUGAAGUGAAAUUAUUCGACGGUCAUUGUCAAUUUAAUGAAUUUUUUUGAGUUGAGACAAUUCAAAAGGAUAAUCACCAAUUCAUCUUGCAACGGAUAAUAUUUUCUUCUUCUUAAAAUUGAAAUCAAAUCUGCAUUUCGGUCAUUCAAUCAUGAAAGGGAGAAAGGAGUAGAGGAGAGAAAACUACAAGGAAACCGUAAUGGAAAUGGAAGACAUUAACCACACCGUGCACUUUGGAUAUAUUUAAAUAUUUCGAGUCAAAAUUAAGUGCAAUUAAAUACGUGAUUUAAAAAAAAUGAGAAAAAUAUGGUUAGUGUAGACGGAAUCAACUGACUGAAGACUGUUUAUCAUUUUUAAUAACAUAAAACGAAUCGUGGAUACAAUAAAUUUGCAGAAUUUAUCGACUAGGAAGUAAAUAAAGACAUUUUCGUUUCUGUCGGAUACCUAUACGAUUAUAUUCGUAAGACAAUUUUUCUUUUUGUUUCUUUUCGUUUGUUUGUUUUUCGUGAGAGAAGGAUAUGAGUGUAAACAGAAUAAACAUACGGCCAGCAGCAAUAAAAUGAAAUUUUUAAAUUAAUUGCAAGCCAACAUUAUACGGAAUGACCUCUAAAUUGUUGCAAAUUAUUGUGGAUUUAAGUAAUUUUAUAAUUUGUUACAACAACAAAAAAACGGCAGUUACCAACAUUAUAUACGGUCGCUAAAAACGAUGACACUCCGUGUGUAACAUAUAGUUGAAUAUACCAAGAAAUUGCAGUGUGAAGAUUAUGCACUUGUGACUAUAUAAAAUUGAAACUGAAAGGAAGAAGUUGAAAAUUGAAUAAAAAAACGAGUGUGUCGUUUCCCGGAUUCUAUUGUCUUGACUGAAAAUAAUGUUCAUAAAACAGCACAUAACAUUUUGUGAAUUAAUUCAAAGGAAAACAUUGAAAUAAUCGUUACACGCAGAAAAUAUUUAUUUAAAAAACAGUUGAAACUGCCGAUAGCAACUAAUUUAUCAUACAAAAUUACGUAGAAAAUCGGUGAAAUAUAUUAAUCUGAAAGUGACAAAUGAAUCGUCAUAUACGAAGUGAUAAGAAACGAACGGUUAAAAUGUAAGCGAAACGAGGAUGGAACUGCUAUAAUUACAAGAAAAACACUCACAACAAAAUCCGAAACAAUUUUUUUUUGUAAAAAAAAAUAUUUUUAACGAAAAAAAAAGGAUCUGAAAAUGUGUUUGACUAAUUCGAACAGUGAAUCAAAAAAAUAAUUCAUCACGUACAGCGAGAAAUAGACUUAAAAAAUAUGACUUCUCUAGGAAUUAUGACACUGAGCCGUGGCCCGUACAGUGAGCUCGAUAAAAUGAGCCUAUUUCAGGAUUUAAAAUUAAAACGAAGAAAAGUUGACUCACGAUGCAGUAGCGAUGGUGAAUCAUUAGCUGACACAAGCACAUCGUCUCCAGAUCUUCUGACACCAUUAUCACCAAAAAUGUGCGAUCAAGCGCAUCCAUCUACACCAAAUUCAAUACAGCCAGCUCCGACGCCUCCAUCGGUUCCGUCGAGUUGCAGCGGGGGAACGACAUUACAAGGAAAUGGUAACUCUAGCCGAUUAGCACCCGAAUCACCAAUUCAUGAUGAUAAACCGAAUGCGGGACCGAUUGGCUCGCAUAACAUCAGUAAUAAUGGUUCGAUGGCGAAUCCGAGUGUGAUACGAUCCAUUGCAGACGAAAGAAUGCCGUCACCGGCACCACGUCAGUCGCCGGUUAACCAUUCUCAUCGUCAUACACCUUCACCAGUUCAUCAUCAGAUGAAAAUGACGCCAACAUCACAAAAUCAACAACAACACCAACAGCAUCAGCACCAACAAAAUCAACAGCAACAACAACAAUCGCAGCAUCACGUUACCGUACUCGUAACACCUACUCGCAUUAAGACCGAAAAUCAGGCGUCAACGAUAGUCGGUGCACGCAAAUCAAGUCCGACAAAUUUCUGUGCCGUUUCGACGGCGAGUAAUUUUACGACGACGACCAUUAAAAUUGAAAAUCCGUCACCCACAUCUAUGAUGAUGCGAAAGUCCAAUUCACCGCACUAUUCAGUUCCUGUGAGUAACAACAACAACAAUAAUAAUAACAAUAAUCAGUCAAGCAACAAUCAUCAUCGAAAUGAGUCUACAUUGACCGUACCUACAUCGACGCCGAUAAUGAUCCAGAGUUCGCAUGCUGCAGGCGUUCAAUUACAAAUGCUCCAAAACAAUACUUUAUCCGUGAUGCAGAGAACGGCACAAUUGUCGCCCAUAAAUAUUGAAGGAAGCAAUAUUAGCUUAUAUCAACAACAUCAACAGUCGCAGCAGCAGCAGCAGCAGCAACAACAGAAUCAACAGCAUAACCAACAUAACCAACAACAGAAUAUACAGCAACAACAGAGCCAACAACAAUCUCAAAGUGGCAUAUCUCAAAUCCAGUACCCCAUUCAAAUACAAAAUCAACAAAUUCGAAUAAAACGAGAACGAUCGCCGAUCCACACGAUCGUUACCCAGAAUUCGAGCAACGCUUCACCGACGCAUCAACGACAGUCAGUCACAACGGUGACACCUAUUAGUCCGGUCGGUCAACUGGUUCAUCCGUCGAUCCAGCUACGACAUCCGAUUCGUGAUGCUGCCAUAUUGUUUCGCGUUAAAAAUGAAGGUCAAUUACCAGGACUGAUCCAGAACCAACAUCGAAUGGUGUGGGGCGGAGCGAACGCUCGAAUAAAUGGCGUCAAACCGGAAAUCAUUGGUGGUCCAUUGCCCGGCUUACGACCAUCCAGUUCUCAAUCGGGACAUCAGUCAUCGCCUAGUCCGCAGGGACCAUCACAAACACCACCGAGAGCGACACCAACUGUGAUCAUGGGAGAGAGUUGUGGCGUACGAACAAUGGUCUGGGGUUUCGAGCCACAAUCACCCCAACCGCCGGCUGCAUCACCCACACAAAAUAAUGCAGGACCAUCGCAGAAUAACGAAGAAGCAGCCCAACUACUGCUGAGUUUAGGUCAAAGUCGACCAAGUGAUAUUAGAAUACGUCCGCAAACUUCUCGGCCACCACAUCCUCUUAAUAUGGAACGAUUAUGGGCAGGCGACUACAGUCAAUUGCCAGCUGGCCAACAGUUACACGCAUUGAAUUUGAGUUCUCAACAGCAAUGGGGUGGACCAUUUGGAUCAAAGACGGAAACUGGCCAACAAGAUCCACCCCCCGAUGAAGAUGAACAACCAUUAGUCUGUAUGAUUUGUGAAGAUAAAGCGACUGGUCUUCACUACGGAAUAAUUACUUGUGAGGGAUGCAAAGGCUUUUUCAAACGAACGGUACAAAACAGGCGAAUUUACACCUGUGUUGCUGACGGAACCUGUGAGAUAACAAAGGCGCAAAGAAAUCGAUGUCAGUAUUGUCGCUUUAAGAAGUGCAUCGAACAAGGAAUGGUGUUACAAGCUGUUCGUGAGGAUCGAAUGCCCGGCGGUCGAAAUAGUGGUGCUGUGUACAAUUUGUACAAAGUGAAGUACAAAAAGCACAAAAAGGCAGCGCAAAAGUCUCCGCAACAGAAACUCGGCCAGCCGAACGAACCACCCAACCAAAAAUCGAUGUUUCUGUCGCCGCAGCAAACAGGCGUGAAAAACGAAACUAUCAAUUUGCCGUCACAUCUGAUGAACGGCACCAUACUGAAAACGGCCUUAACAAAUCCCAGCGAAAUUGUCCACCUACGUCAUCGGCUAGACAACGCAGUCAGUUCAUCGAAAGAUCGAUCCGUUUCAUAUGAACAUUCCUGCAGCAUGAUCCAGACACUGAUCGAUUUCGAUGCAAUGGAAGACAUUGCAACGUUGCCGCAUUUCCCCGAAUUUCUGGAAGACAAAUCCGAAAUCGGUGACAAGCUGUGCAAUAUCGGCGACUCAAUCGUGCACAAGCUGGUGUCGUGGACGAAAAAGUUGCCAUUCUAUUUGGAAAUCCCAGUCGAGAUACACACGAAACUGUUGACCGACAAAUGGCAUGAGAUAUUGGUGCUAACGACGGCUGCAUACCAGGCAUUGCAUGGAAAAAAGUCAAAUUCGAAUCCGCAAACGCCACCGAUCAGUGGUCCUCUCGGUAGAGACGAUCCCGAAUUCAUACAGGAGGUCAAUUCUCAUCUUUGUACAUUACAAACUUGCCUAACCACUUUAAUGGGCCAUCCCAUUUCAAUGGAACAAUUAAGACUGGACGUUGGUCAUAUGGUCGAAAAGAUGACUCAAAUAACGAUAAUGUUUCGUCGCAUUAAAUUGAAAAUGGAAGAGUAUGUCUGUCUGAAGGUGUACAUUCUCUUGAACAAAGAAGUGGAAUUGGAGAGCAUUCAAGAACGAUAUGUACAAGUUUUGCGAAGCUAUUUACAACAUUCGUCACCCCAUAAUCCUGGCCGAUUGGGUGAGCUACUAGCACACAUACCUGAAAUCCAAGCAGCAGCAAGUCUACUACUGGAAAGUAAAAUGUUCUACGUACCGUUUGUAUUAAAUUCAGCUAGUAUUAGGUAGCAGAUGGUCGAGAGGGGUUUAUUAGAACCUCCUGAAAACAAAUCUGAAAGCUCUGAACAAUCCCACCAACAUUCGUUAGGACAUCUACAGGAAGAGCGCCAUCAACAGCCACAGCAGCAGCAUCAGCCACAGCACCAACAAUAUCAACCCCAACAACAACAACAUCAACAUCAAACGAUUCAAUCCACUCAGCAACACUUUCAACCGACAAAUCAACCGAUUUUACAACAGCGCUUACUUCAGCAACCAUCACAACUUCGACAGCAUUUGACACGUACCACAGAUAACAGCAAUAAGCAACAAGUGACGGUGGUUGUCUUCAAAACUAAGUUACCUGAUGAUUGAGCGAAACCAAACGAAAAAUGACUUUCGAACACUUCGUGGUUGGAAAUUGAAUUCGAUCGGCAAAGGAAGAGCGCAGUGCUUGGAGUGAGAUAAGAUAUGAUGUUUGAAUCGGAUCGGAUUUUACAGAUGCGACGAAAUUGAGUUGAUUUUUCAUCGUAGACAAUUUUGUUAAGGAACCGAGCGAGAGAGUAUACGCAUUUUUAGGUUUAUAUAAAAUGAAAAAAAAAAAUUGAAUUCGAAAUUAGAGGUGCACAAUUUUCAAGAAGUAAAACAAAUAGAAAGAAUGAAAAGUACCACAACAGAAAAAUGAAAAACACGUCCAUAUAAAAUAAAUUAAUUAAUUAUGCUAGAGAGAAUAUCGGAAUUAGAAAAUAGUAAAAACAAAAGAAAUGAACACAGUGAUAACAAAAAGAAAACAUUAUUUUGUAUUGUACUAACUAGAACUCCCCACAUUACACAUUCUCAUUAUUCAUGCAACAGCCAGUCAAUCAAUCCAAAAUUGAAAAUACUCGCGAGAAUUUAAUUGUUAGCAAAAACCGAGGGAAAAACGGAGGAGAAAACCGAGGCAAAAAACCAAAAUUAUCCAAUUGAUACAGUGACACACAAACAAACAGCCCAUUUUCUGAGAACGAAUUAUAGUUCAUUGAUCAUCCACACAAAACUUGUGGCAAAACAAAUCGUUUACUGGUAGUGACUGUAAAACACCCACAUUUCAGAGGCGCCGAAUUUGAUUAUGCCCAAGGGAGGCGGAAAGAUUUUUUUUCUGAACUACACCUAACGAAAGUCAAUGUCAGAAAUCGGUUUUGGUAGCUACUUCUCAGUCAACUGUUAAAAUUCUUCUCUAAUUUCAUGGGUCCUAUUCUUGGCGCCACAGCUACAUUACGUAAUGGCGAAUUUCAAUACUGAAUUACUCAAUUGCCGAAAAUUUGUAGGACUUGGUUUAUUGACACUUUCAUGGAACUUUAUCUCUUCUACUAGUCGACCAAAUUCAGAAGGAUGUUCUGAGAAAAGGCGGAUAGAUUUGGAGCUAAUUCAAAACGAAAUUUAAUUACCGUUCAAGUGACUUCACUUGACUUCCCGUAAAGUUUGCUUGAUAUCUUUAAUCUUGAGAAAUUUAACAUUUUGAGAUAUUGUUUCGUGCAAAAAAUUACUGAAAACGAAUAGAUGCCUUUUUACAAGUCAUCAUCAUCUCAUAUGUCAUCGUCAGCAUCGACAAAAUAGCGAGGUCAGCCAAAUGUUGUCUUAUAUCGCAAAGUAUAAUGUUAAAUGUAAUGAAGUAAGAGAUUCGUAUUCAAUCAAUUGAAAAGACUUCGAACAAGUGAAGUAACAGAUUCGAUAUUAACUAUCCUGGCCACCUUUGAGCGAAAUAUCCGAAAAAUGAAAAUCCGGCCACACAUAGCGUUGAGUCAACAAAAUUUGAUAAUUUGAUUUAUAUGUUAUGCAUCAAAUACAUUAUCUGGGCUUAUUUUGUCCAUGACUUAUUUUGACUCCGACUAUAUGGGACCGGUCAUAUGAAAGUGAUGUUUGUAAUGAUUCUGAUUCAGCUGGUGGGAUUUUUAGUAUUUUUUUAAUAGACCGCAGAUCCAAUCUCGAACCAGAGUUCCUUAAUUUAUGAUUCGAUGUGUGUCGGAGAUAUUUGAUGUGGCAGCAGAUAGGUGUCCUUUUGCUCUCACUACGAAUUUAAUUUUUGUUUCAAUUACAAUACUCUACAUCCACAUUCAAACUAAACAUGUAAUUUACUGGGGACAUCACUCCCUCUUAAAAAUUUACUGAAUUUUGGCCCGAAAAAUAGUUUCGCAUGGAAUGCUACACAUCUAAUUCAAGAGGAUAAUGGCGGUGCAAAAUAAACGAUUUUAAAAAUAAUAACCGAGAAAUGGAACUGACUUCAGUUCAGAUAAAUGAUAAAUUUAAGCAAAAUAAAUUUAUCAAAACUCAAUAAAAGACGAGUGUUGUACAGUUGUAGUAGAAAGACAUCGGAAAACGAUAAAUCAAUUUCUUUGUUUUGUUUUUCAAGUGGGAAAAAUUUGUAGAAUAAAUUUGAUUUUUUUCUUAAAUAAAAAUAUUUACUAGGAAGUCUGACGAGAAAUGCCUUGAUUAAAUUAAAUUAAAUUAAA